GCUUACCCUAAAAACAGUUAAAAACCCUUUUAGAAAUGAUUAAGCUAUUCGUGAUUUAUAGUCUCGUCCUGCUGGCGGUUUCUCAGGCCAUGCAUUUCGACAAGGACAUUCUCGAUUGGAGCCUUUUCAAGCUGAUUAACAACAAGGAAUACCUGGACGAGACCGAGGAGGCGAUUCGUUUCGAGAUUUUUAAAGAAAAUAAGCAGUUCAUUGCCGAGCACAACAAAAAAUGGGAUAGAGGUGAAGUGAGCUUUAACGUGGCUUUAAAUGAAUACGCCGACUUACUGCGUCAUGAAUUUAACGAGAUGAGAAAUGGAAACGAUCAGAACGGUGAAAGGUAAGAUUGCUUUUUCGGAUCUAAAUUCCUUCCGCCAUUGGGCGUGGCUCUGCCAAAAAUAAUUGACUGGCGCAGACUGGGAGCCGUGACACCCGUAAAGAACCAAAAACAGUGUGACAGUUGUUGGGCCUUUGCGGCAACAGGAGCCCUUGAAGGUCAGCUUUUCCGCCACACUGCAAACUUGAUAUCACUCUCCGAACAGGAUCUGUUGGACUGCUCCGUGUCCAACAAUGGUUGCGAAAGCGGAUUGGCCUCUCGCGCCUUUCUGGAUAUUAAAACGGAAGGAGGCAUCGCCACUGAAAGUUCGUAUUCCUAUGAGGCCACACAAAAGCGGUGCCGCUUAGAUAAUGUUACUUUUGGAGCAACCGACUCCGGGUUUGUACAGUUGGCAAUGGGAAACGAGACCCAACUGGCCAUAGCGGUGGCCACCGUCGGACCCAUCGCCGUGGCCCUGGAUUCCUCCAGUGGCUCAUUCCACUACUACAACGGCGGCAUUUACGACGAACCUCUCUGCAGUGAUACCCAUUUAAAUCAUGCUGCUCUAGUCGUUGGCUAUGGAUCAGAAAAUGGGUUAGACUACUGGCUAGUUAAGAACUCCUGGGGGGACAAGUGGGGCGAAAAGGGAUACAUCAGGAUGCGUCGCAAUGCUGGAAACCAGUGCGGCAUUGCCACAAAAGCUGUCUACCCCUUAUUAUAA